GGCCGGGAACGGCCCGGCAGAGGAAAAGCCGGGGGUCGGAGCAUCGGGUCAGAAGAGUUCGGGCGCCAGCCGGGAAGUGGUUCAGGAGGGCAAAGCCUCGCGAGUGGGCCCUGCGUGCGAAAUGCUCCACGCCCUGAGCAGCUGGAGGAGCAACUGGGCGUGCGCUGCGGAGGGGUGAGAAUUUCCCUUUGGGGCUUUGCUUGGUUUGCUUGCUUAGAUCCCUACCCCGGGGGAAGAGAUUGUGACCGGUCCACCGAGGCACUCCUCGGCCUCACAAAGUGACCGGGGAAGGGUGGCUAUUCCCCGAAAGGGAGUUGUCCCGCUGUGCCCCACCAACACGAGCGCUCGGCAGGCAGGACCGUGCUUCAGGCGCAGGGAUGUGCCCGCUGUCACAGCCACACGGGGCCGCCCCGCGCGGCCGCUGCGGGAAUGACCCCUCCGCUCCCUCCCCGGGCUCCGGGCGCGGUGUGCCGGGCACGCUCUUCCUCUGAAGGGGUGCGCCGACACGCACACGGCACCGGAGCUGGAGUCCUUCUGAGGGUCAGCCAAGAAGGAAGUACCGCAGCCAGCUCUCCCAGCGCCGCGGGGCAUCUCUCCCCUUUGCAGGCUCGGGGCUUUGGGAGGGGAAUUUGAAUCUGGGCGCGCACGUUAUUCUUCUGCUAAUAACCAGCGCAGAAGGAAGAGUUUACCCCAUCUCUGACCUCGCCCUUUCUAAGCUGGACUCCGUGGUCUGAGAGCACGGAGGGGGUUCGAGCCUUUCUAUUACAAAGUUGCAUUUGAGGAGUGCGGCGCGCGUCGCUCGGCUCCUGCCCCUCUCCUCCUCUCCUCCCGGAGCCAGCGGCCGACCCGGCUCGGGGCUGGACCCGGGACAGAGCUCUGCUCUGCGGGAGCCACGGACUCCGGAGGGGCUUAGAGGAGAGGGGAAAGCGUGUGGGACAAGGGCCCGGGCUGGGCGCCGAGCAGCCUUCUGUGCCCCCCGCAGUGGGUGGCGGAUCCUCCAGCAGCCCCUCGCGGCGCUGCCUGGCCAAGCGCGUUGGGUUUCCUUCGGGGAAGCACAGCGGCUCUCAUAAAAAAGACAUUGUUGGCUUUGGAGAGCCCUGCGCGCUCUUUCAAAAGGCGCUCCUUGAGUUCCCAGCCCCCGCAAUCCAGUUGAUGAGGAAACGCGCUGCGGUGUUGGUGGCACCGUUUCCAUUGGGAUUGGCACCGUUUGAUUGACAAAGUCUCACAUUCUUCCACCUCUCGAGUGUUAUCAAACGGAUUGUGUGGGGUCAGAAGCUAUUGAAGGGACGUCCGUGUAGCCGCGUUCUGCAAACACGGGGUGAAGACCAUUCCUUUCUCAUGAAAAUGCUUCCACCGGGCAAAACGCGGCUCAUCUUCCCCGCUCUCCACCUUAGCGUUUCCUUUUAACUCGAGCGUGUCCCUAAGCGGCAGCAUCAGGCCAAUAAAGCAGGCACGGAGGUGAUGGGCGAGGAAUCCGAGGGAAACAGAAACAAACAAACAAACAAAACCCCACAAGCCGCCGAAUCAUGUCGAUGAGCCCAAAGCAUACGACUCCUUUCUCAGUGUCUGACAUCUUGAGUCCUUUGGAGGAAAGCUACAAGAAAGUGGGCAUGGAGGGCAGUAACUUGGGGGCUCCCUUGUCAGCCUACAGACAGUCUCAGGUUUCGCAACCGGCCAUGCAGCAACACCCCAUGGGCCACAACGGAACGGUGACUGCCGCCUACCAUAUGACAGCGGCAGGGGUCCCCCAGCUCUCCCACGCUACGAUGGGGGGCUACUGCAAUGGGAACCUGGGCAACAUGAGCGAGCUCCCGCCUUACCAGGACACCAUGCGGAACAGCGCUUCGGCGACAGGAUGGUACGGCACCAACCCGGACCCCCGCUUCUCCUCAAUCUCCCGCUUCAUGGCGCCGUCCUCGGGCAUGAACAUGGGCGGCAUGGGCGGCCUGAGCUCCCUGGGGGACGUGAGCAAGAGCAUGGCCCCGCUGCAGAGCACGCCGCGGAGGAAACGGAGGGUCCUGUUUUCCCAGGCCCAGGUUUACGAGCUGGAGAGACGUUUCAAGCAGCAGAAAUACCUCUCCGCCCCCGAGAGGGAACAUUUAGCCAGCAUGAUCCACCUCACCCCGACUCAGGUCAAAAUCUGGUUCCAGAACCACCGCUACAAGAUGAAGCGGCAGGCCAAAGACAAGGCUGCGCAGCAGCAGAUGCAACAGGAGAACGGCUCUUGCCAGCAGCAGCAGUCCCCCAGGAGGGUGGCGGUGCCGGUGCUGGUGAAGGAUGGCAAGCCCUGCCAGGCGGGCUCCAACACCCCCACCGCAGCCAUCCAGAGCCACCCGCAGCAGGCGGCCACGACCAUCACGGUGGCCACCAAUGGCAACAGCCUCGGACAGCAUCAGAGCCAUCAGACAAACAGUGCGGGGCAGUCUCCCGACAUGGGACAGCACUCGGCCAGCCCUUCCUCCCUGCAGAGCCAAGUCUCCAGUUUGUCUCACCUGAACUCUUCCACUUCUGACUAUGGCACUGCCAUGUCCUGCUCCACCUUGCUAUACGGUAGGACCUGGUGAAAGGAUUAAAGAAAGCGAAACGAAACAAGACAAAACAAAAAGAGAAAAAGAAAAAAGCAGAUUUUCCCAGUCACACAGAUCUCUGUCCUGUCCGAAGUGCUGGGUGCUUUCCUUUGCUCUUUUAUUAUUUUUCUUUCUUUUUUCUUUUAUUUUUUUUUCCCUAAAGCGGUUUUUUUUUUCUUUUUUUCUUCAUUUUUUUUUCUUCUUCGUUUUACUGACUGGUUCUCUGAGGACCCCCAAGAGAGAAAGGGAGAGAGUGACUUUUUGUUCCGUUCGCUGAUACUGUGACGGUUUUGGGUCUUGCUUUUUUUCCCGUUUCCCCCCAGCUUGCUGCGUGGGGUGUUAAACCAAUUCUGACCAAUAACCACGGAGCAGUCUGCAGACAGGGGCCCGUCGGUAGGCACGGCCCGAAGGCUCGGAUUGCAGAUGGACCCUUUGCCAGCGUCUAGGACUUGCAUGUAAAUAUAGAGAUUGGGGAGGAUGGGGUUGGGGUUUUUCCCAAAAACGUGGUCGCGGCACGCAGCCACAGAGCAACCUCCCCCACCCCCCCGGCUCCGCUCCCAGCCCCGUCCCAGCGAUGGAGCCGGGGGGGCCACACGAGGCUUUGGCUUUUCUUUACGUUUGAUGUGAACCUGUAGCUGUAUAAUGCUGUCAAAAGUUGGACUAAACCCAUAGUUUUUAGUAUCCUGUAUAUUUUGUUGUAAAAAGAAAGAAAAAAAAAAUACAAUCAACCAAACCAACCCCACCCCCCCUUUUUUAUGGACACCGAUCGUCCCCUCGUAAACCCUCCGGCAGUUUGUUCUUUGCGCACGCCGCCUUUUCCUGUUGUAACUUAUGUAGAUAUUUGGCUUAAAUAUAGUUCCUAAGAAGCUUCUAAUAAAUUAUACACAUUGCGAAUAUUCUUUUUUUUUUUUUUUUUUUUUUAAUUUUUUUCCCUCGGCUCCGUCCUGACCCUCCUUUCCCCCAUCUCUAUUUUUUUUUUUUUUUUUUUUUUUUGCGUUGGAUGGAAACCGGACCGGGACGCUGCGGGCUCCGGGACGCCCCCGCUCGGGGGGACCGCGCCGGGAGGCGGCGGAGCGCGGGGCCGAGCGCCGAGUGAACGCGCGGAGAGAGAGCGCGGAGCUCCCGGGCCGCACGGGAUGGGGUCGGGCCCGAACUCAUUGCUGCUACCGGGGGGGAGAGAGGGGGGGGGCUCGGUCCUUUUUGCCGGAGAAAGCGAAGUGCUCCGGGAGGAGAGAGCCAAAUGCCAAAGGCGCGGAGGAGAAAGAAGGGAGAAGUCUGAUGCCACUAGAAACAAACUAACGACGAACGUGCUGGCAGUGUAGGACGUGCGGCCGUUUUAAAGAGCGUCCAGUUUAAAUAUCUUGUUAAAAAAGAAAAGAGAAAAAGAAAAAAGAGAGAAAGAAAGGAAAGAAAAAAAAAAGAAAGAAAAAGAACCAUUUCUACCAGGUUUUCCUAUGUACUUGUAUUUUAAGGGAAGUACAGUCACCUUAUUUAUAAUCCAAAUAAAAAGAUAGUUUAUUGUGUACGAA